UUCCCUAUUCCCUAUAUAGUGCACUAUAUAAUGUACACUAUAUAGGGAAUAGGGAACGAGUGUAUAGGGGACGAUUUCGAACACAGCUAUAUAUGAUAGACGGAGCAUCGAAUGCUACCGCCUACUGGCACUGACGAGACGCGGGGCUGCCAUCUUGGAGUGGUCAUCCGCUCCACUCUGUAAUCCAUUUGGCUGGAGCAAUGAACUGGAUAUUCAGAGCUGGAGAACUACGGCGCAGCUGUCGAGCAUGGAUGACUUGGAUGUCACAACACUGUCUGUGUUACAAGCUGCUGAUGUUGAUGAAGGGGUUUUAAAAACCCUCUCUCGGGAGGAUCUUUUGGAUCUUCUUCCUGGACCACAGAACUUUCUGCGAAGAAAGAAGUUGUGGGAUCACAUUCAUCCAAAGGAACAGAGUGAGAAUGCAGUGAGAGAAGCCAUUGAUCAGCCAUCCAUGUUGCCAAGCCAGCCAUCCACACAUGCCAUGUUACCAAGCCUGCCAAGCCAGUCAUCCACAAGUGCCAUGUGGCCAAGCCCGCCACGGACCUCCACCCCCAAAAGCCAUCACCAGAAAACCGUAAAAAUGCCGGACCCUCCUGAGUAUGUGGUAUACACCGAUUCAGAACUUGACUUGGUUCGGAGCCAGUAUUUUGAACUGCUACGCAGUGGGAAAGGGUCACAGUGCAAGAUGUCUAAAGACCUAUUUUGCAGACUGAUAAGGAACACUGUAACCAGCAUGGUGGCUAUCCUCCGUGCCAGUAGUUCGUGUCAUGAACAGAUGUACCCUUCAAAAAGGGAAAUUCAGGCAGUGGCUGAGAAGAUUGUUGAUUAUUACCCUAUGCUGCAAGACUCAUCAAACACGCCUUAUCUGACUGUGUACUCUAAAAUGUAUAAGCGUAUCCAAAACAUCAAGUCCCCAAGAAAAAGGCAAGGACGAAUGCCACAACGGGGGGUACCUAAGAAGAGGUCUCUCCUUGAGUCAAGUCUUGAAGAUGACAGUGAUGCUUCAACCAAUUUGUCGGUUGCUUCAACAGUAAUUCUGCCGGACAGCGAUGAUAACGAUGCUGAGCUAAGCCAAGACCAGGACAGCCGCAAAACACAAGCAAGGCACUAUCAGACAUUGCAGACCAUGUACAGCAAACCUAAGUCUAAGCCAAAUGGAAGUGAUGUUGCUCAGAUUUUGGACUUGGAGUUCGAGGCCAGACGGGCCUUUAUUGAUUCUGAUGCAACAAAGGAAGAAGACAAGGCAGCCAAGAUUAUGGAUGCAUAUCCAUGUUUUAGAGAUCCCCGACAUGCAGUUGACGAGCUUGGGCGUAUCCUUGGUGGCGCCAACAGUAAAUACAUUGACGAUACCAAGAAAAGAUGGCAGACCUUCUGUACCAAUGUCCAAUUCUAUGGUCUGUGGAAGAAGGUCCUAAAACCCCCCAUUCCUGUGGAUAUGGCUGGAGCGGAUUUCACCAUUGCCCUUCUGAAGGCAUUACCAUCCCUCUUCCCAUCACCAACACCACCACCAAAACGUCUCGGAGGAGCCAGUGAAGCAUUAAUUCAUGUCCUUGAGGAAAAUGAGGAUCCCAACAAGUACCUUGAGAAACGCCAACUGUCCUCCCCAGUCCUUCUAUACGACGGCAGUACCUGCAUUCUCGCAAUUGGCAACUCCCCUGUGAGUACCCUGGAAGAUGUCUUCAAUGGUAUGCUUUCAUUGAUGGCCUACUACUACACCCUUCACUUGACCUAUCCGAAGUUUGUUUCCACACUUAUGUGUCCUUACGGCCACACUGUGUGGAAAUGGGCAUCCCAGCCAACAUUAAAAUACGGAAUGCUGGUUGGAGAUUUCAUGUUGGCCACCAAUAUCCUCUUGUCAGGCAACAACUUCGCCAAAAUAUCUCUGCUUUUCAAGUUCAUGAGAAUGGGGAUGGUGGACACUUCAUCCUUCUUCAGGAUUCAGGACUCGUACUGUGUGGACACUGUGAAGGAGUUCUGGAGCGAUGGGCGCAUGGAUAGCCCAGGAUUCUGUGCACAGUAUUGCACGUAUUCUGUCAUGGAAAACGAAUCCAAACAGAUCAUCUGCAUGGUUAACAUUGACAAACGUGUGAUCAUGGAGAAGGAGGGCUUCAUGCAAGCGUUUGACACACUCCGCCAAGACCUCAGCAUAGCUGAAAUCUGCACAGAUGCUCACUCAAAUAUCCGCCCUCUUUAG